AUGUUUGGACCAUUGAAUCGCGGACUUGCCGAUCUCGGCCGCCCAGCCCGCUGGGGAAGCAUGGCCGACUUUAUGAGCACUUUCGAUCAGCGAUUCCCCGCGCCAUUAGACGCGUACGAGGACUACUUCAAGGCGUACCACAUGUCGUGUUUCCCGGGUCGAGAGCGCAAAGACGUGAGCUACGGCGGCAAGAUCAUCAUGCCACCAUCGGCUCUGUCGACCAUCACUGAGCUCGAGCUCGAAUCGCCCUGGACUUUCCUGCUGCGCGGCACAGGGCGCUCACGAUCCCAAAGCACACACGCAGGUGUCGUGGAAUUCAUUGCCGACGAAGGCAAAGUAUACCUCCCCUCUUGGAUCAUGCGCACCCUCGAGCUCGAGAACGGCGACCCGAUCCACAUCCAGGGCGCGCGCCUGCCCAAGGGCAAGUUUGUCAAGCUGCAGCCACAAACCGUCGACUUUCUCGAAAUCAGCGAUCCCAAGGCCGUGCUGGAGCAGGCCCUACGAAACUACCCCACACUCACACCCGGCAAUAUCAUCGAGAUCAGCUAUAAUUGCCUCACCUUCGAGAUCCUCAUCAUGGAAGUGCAGCCCGAUGCAGAGGGCAUCUCCAUCUUUGAGACAGACUUGGAAGUGGACUUUGCGCCACCCAAGGGAUACGUCGAGCCCACGCCGCCCACACGCCCACCGCCCCCCACGAUGGCAUCAAAGUGGCACAUUGAUCAGCUCAAGCAGGACGUCAUACUGCCCGGCCAGGACGGCUCUAGCUCAGCAGGCUCCACGCCCCGCGACCCUGGCAGUGUUCCCGCGCCGUUCAAGGGCUUUGGGCAGACGCUGAGUGGAAAGAAAACCAAGGGCAAGAAGGACAAGCCUAUCACGCCCCGCGAUCCCCACAGCAUGAUUCGGAGCACAAACCACCCGACGAUUGUCACGAAUAACACGCUCCUAGAAGAAAAGCGCGUGCCAGCUGCGCUAGCUCUCCCCUACGGCCACCUGUUCUUUGGCUACGACGUUCAGCGCCUGCGCGUGCCUGCAGGAAGCGCACCUGAAAGUGACGCGCCACCUGAGCCACAGCCAGAGCUGCAGGCCUUCCGCGGCUCCGGCCACACGCUCCAGUCGCGCCCCUCGCCCGAGGUGAUCGAAAUCGACUCGGACUAG